AUAAGGACACUCAACAACAACUCAUUCAAAAGUUUUAAAUCCCUGGAGCAUGUGAGUGUGUGUUCGCACUCUUACCAAACGUUCACUUUACAAUAGAUCGUUAUAUUUUUUGCAAUUACUUUGCUGGUUUGAUGUCUGAUGGCCAUAUAACGUCGACGGAAAUGAGUGAGUGGUCGACAAUGCGAUUGGUUAUCGGAGCUGCUGUAUUUAUUACGAUCGUCCUAUUUGAUCUCAGUAUCGCCUCCACUCCGAGAUUUGAAAUGUCCAGUGACGAUCAGUCAAAAUUUAAGGAAGGAGAGACGCAAUUUUCCGCUCUGCAAGAGUACACUCGUCACCCAAGAUACGGCCAAUGUUGGACCAACGCCUUACAGCAAAUAAACGAGGGAUGCAGGCGACUAACUGAUGAUGAACAAAGCCAUCUUGCUCUAGCGUUUGCAAAUUGCCAUUUAUCGAAGCUGGGUCUUAACACCUAUGAAUGUUUACCGGGACAAACACUCAAAGAAUGUACCACGAAUAUGGAUGACAGGGGGUUCAUCGCUUAUACAGAGUUUUUCACUCAUACGCAGAAUAUUUGCUUUUUCCUUCAAAAUCAAAUUUGGCAUGAGCGAACAGAGAGUACUGUGUCGAGAUUGGCCGAUAGCUCCGAGACUGUCGCCGAGCAAUUGGAGGUGGCUGGUAAAAUCCAAGAACAGAUGAUCGUCAGGCAGAACGAAUCUCUGAAAAACCAGGAAGAAAUUUUACAGAGUGGACAACAUUUGAAGGAGACACUGAACUCGCAAACUGAAGAUAUCCAGUCUUCAUUCAAUGAAAUGAAAGCCACAGCCGCAGAGCAUAAAAUUUUAUUUGCUGAGGCUUUCCAAAAAGUUGCUGAUUUGCAGAAAAUGGUGAUGAUAGAAUUCACUGGUUUUUAUUCCUUGUUUUUUUAUGCAUUAAGUGCCUUGAUAUCUUAUCUCUUGACCUCCACGCCGAGAACCAGCAAUGCACGAUUCUGGAUGUUUAUAAUAUUACUGGUGAACAUUACUGUUGAGAGGGUGAUUGUCAGGAUAACAGACGAUACGGAAGCAGUAUAUGGGAGGAUGUGGAUCUGUAGACAAGUAUUUUGUUUCCUUGCAUUGUUGAUAUUGUUAAUAAUGGCCUAUAGUUACAAAGACUUUGCUGCAAUCAAUAACUGUCUCCUUCUAGACAUUAAGAAACAGAAUUCAGAACUCAAAAACUUUCUUCUCAGUAUUAGUGAGAACACGCCUGCGUUGCAGCUUCCAAAUAAUGCUCCCUUGCCAUCCAUUGAAGCAUUACCAGUACAUCAAACGGCAGUGAACAAUCACCAGAUUAUGAAACAGAUAACUCAAGUACAAGCAUUUGCUGGGACUGAGAAAUGGACAACUGAUGCAAGGAAAGACAAAGCACCAACGGAUUUCUUCUCGGAUUGUGAUUCUGGUCUGUCUGACAGUGAUAGCGAUGCCAGUUUUGUCACCAUUGUAAAUGGUUGCAGCCAGCAUAGCAGUCGAAGCAGCACGCCAACACUGAACCAAUCGGUUGCAAAACUCACCAGGAGUAGUACACCAAUCCAGGAUACAACUAAGACUUCCUCAAAUUUUGAUCAGGAAAAUAACCUGUCAGUAAGCAUGAUAUCAAAUACAAGUAGUUUGGGCGUUAUCAAGCAACCAUCGAUAGAUCCAAAGAAAGGAAGCAAAAGAAAGGGACGACCCAAAGGACGCAAAACAAAAUCAAGACAGACAACGCCACAGUAUUCAAACCCAAAUAUUUCUUACAACCUGCGGAGUCGCCGUAGUCGUAGUAACACACCUGUUAUAUCUCCUGCAUCUGAAAGUGUACAAGCAAUAGUAAAGACUGCCAUUGAUAUCAAUUCUAGAGUUACCAGACUACCCAAAGUUGUAUACCGACAAGAUGAACCUGGAUUUUUUUCAUCAGACGAGGAUUAA